AUGACACAACAAUCGGUACGCCAUCAUGUUCGCCUUCUACUUCCCGAAUUCUUCGCGGGGUUGGCAUCUCGGCGCCAUGACCAGGCAAGUGUCAUCCUGUGGAUCGACAACCCGGAAGUGGAGACGUCGUUGCUGCUGGGAAUCGCAGCGUCAGGCGGCAACAGCGAAUAUAUCGGUAAAGCUCCAGCUCCUGCUGAAUGCUUCAUCAACGGAUUCACGCCGAAUUUGAUUCGAACUCUCGACACUUUCCCCCACAUCGACUGCACUCUGGAAAAAGUGGGGAGUCCUCAAAGCUUAAUCAUCUGGGAUCAAAUGACUGAUGCUGCUCGAGCGACGCUCAGUACGGCGGACUUUGGCAAGGCCCAGGUGCCUUUCAAUGAGUACAAUUUCAUCAAGAGGCUGGACGAGGCUGCUCCUUUCUAA